AUGGGCGACUCUCUCUUCCACAGCUCUGCUGCCCCAGAUGACGAAUAUGAUUACUUAAUAAAGCUCCUGGCACUCGGCGAUAGUAAUGUGGGAAAAACAAGCCUGUUAUAUCAAUAUACGGAUAAUAUUUUCAAUCCACGAUUUACAACAACAGUCGGUGUCGAUUUUCGUCAGAAAAGAUUAGUCCGUGAAAGUCGUGAUUCUGAAGGCCUUCUUGGACCUAAACAACGAUUGCAUCUACAACUAUGGGAUACAGCUGGACAAGAACGGUAUCGAAGUUUAUGCACAGUGUUUCUACGUGAUGCAAUGGGUUUUCUGCUUGUAUUCGAUUUGACGAAUGAAAAUAGUCUACAGAAUUGUCGUGAAUGGAUGAAUCUGCUGUGUCAACACGCAUAUUGUGAUCGUCCUGAUGUUGUGUUAGUUGGGAAUAAAUUUGAUCUUACAUCGGAACGUCAAGUCUCUAUGUCUGCUGCAAAUGCAAUGGCUCGUGAGCUUGACGUACCUUACAUAGAGACAAGUGCCGCUACUGGCUAUCAGGUGACAGCUGCUGUUGAUCGUCUACUGGAUUUAGUCAUGACUAGAAUUGAAGCCUCAGUAACCAAAGCACCUUAUCUUAUCUUCUUUGAGUAUAUUUCUGCGUAUGUGAUAUUAGGUGUUAAUUUCCUCAAUGUUUUUGUACUCAAGUUUAUCAUGUAA